AUGUCCAGAAUUUUAAAUGGAACACAUAGGCACAGAGAACAUGCGCUAGUUAGCGACAGUAAUUUGUGUCGUCGUUUAGUGCAGAUCUUGUGUGAGGAAAUUCUCUCUUCUACGGUACAUCUGCCGGUAUUACGCACAUUAGUAAAUAUUGCGUCAGGAGCAGGUUUAUAUCCAUUUUUAUUUGAAAUAAGUAUUGAAGAGUUGUUACUAACGAAAAAUAUUAAUUUAGAGAAACAAACGCAAGCAGUUAUAGAUGCUGGGGCACUUACCGUUCUUACGUCUUCAUUUUUGACGAUAAAAAACCUGACACUAAGAAGAGAUGCGUGCCUAGCAGUGUCAAAUGUAGCGGCUGGCACGUAUAAACAGGUUAAUGCAGUGCUCACAGAACCAAAUCUCAUGAAAAAUGUAGUCGCCUUGCUUUGGGAUAGUGAUAUGAAAGUUGUAAAAGAAGCGUGCUGGGUACUUAGUAACUCCACAAGUUUACAUGAUCCUGGUCACAUUCAUAUAAUUCUCCAACAUGAUAUUAUUUCACCACUUGUUCAUCAUCUACGAAAUUCAUCAACACCUCAUGAAAUAUUGAACAAAAUUCUCGACACAUUAGUUAAUAUUCUUUCAGUUGGAGAUUUGUCUGGUGCCGACUCAUCAUCCGAGUCUCACAAUGAAUAUGCAAGAAUGUUGGCGGCAUCUGGAGUAGUUAAUGCAUUAAUUGAGACGUGGAAUAAUAUGGGGGUUACUGAAAACAUAAAAGAAAAGGUACGAGGAUUAUUAGAACGAUGGUUUUAUGAUUAUCUACCAAGAGACGAGCAUAGUGGAGAAGUGGGUGAUGAUGGAAUAGAUAUUUCAUCUAUCGAAGAAAGUGUCUCAAGGAUGAGCAUUAUGGAAGGAGUCGAU